GAUGACAGAGUGAGGAGGAGACAGGGCAACUGCAUGCCUGUAACCUUUUUCUGUGUCAUUGCAAUACUAAACUAACUACUGCAGACUGAAAUAUCUGCAAACACUUUUUGCAGUUUCAUUAAAUAAUAUUUUUUUUCUUCCAUUUUACCGAGGGACAAAGCUAUUAAUUUAAUGUGCACAUGGUAGAAAAUGUUAUCAAUAAGAUAAGAUGUGCGUUAUUGUGCAACUUGGGCUGUAAAGCCUGUUCCAGUUGAAGCGUUGCUGGAUCCAGAAAACGGAACUUUGUCCUUAUGCGAGAUCACAAUGAAGGCAUAUGUGCGAGUUGGAAUACUUGGGGGUCUUUUACUCUUGAUGUACACCAUCAUGUCCAUGACUGCAAGUUGGGGAGAAGUAAAAUCUGUUCCUGCAACACUCGCAGAUCAGGGAGUUUUCAGAACAAAACUGGACGGGAUUGAACGGCGGUUGAAUAAACUGGCACAACUAAUGGAGAAAUUUGGCCAGAAGAGCUGCACCAAGGAGCAUCUAUCUAAUGUGGAGCAGGAGCAGAAGACGGAAAUUGUGGUUCCAAAGUUAUACCCACACUCUUUCCUCUUUGAAAAAUGGGGUGAAGGCCUGUCAGAAGAUGAACAGAAGGAGGCUGAAGGUCUUUUUCAGGUCUAUGGAUACAAUGUCUUCCUGAGUAACCAACUUCCACUUGACAGGAAGAUUCCUGAUAUGAGAGAUGUCAGAUGUCGGAUUCAGAAUUAUCCCAAAGACCUGCCCAGCAUCAGUGUGGUGCUGAUCUACAUAAACGAAGCCCUUUCUGUCAUUAAGAGGGCAGUACGAAGCAUCAUCACCCACACCCCAGAGCACCUGCUGAAGGAGAUCAUUCUGGUGGAUGAUUGUAGCACAUACAAUGAUCUUGGAAAAGCUUUACAAGACUACAUUGAUCAGAUUCACAAAGAAAGGCCUGGACUCAUAAAAAAAGUGCGACACACUCAACAAAUGGGUUUAUCCCAAUCCCGAAACUCAGGCUGGGAACACGCCACAGCGGAUGUUGUGGUGAUUUUAGAUGCUCACAUUGAAGCAACACAAGGAUGGGCAGAACCUCUGCUGGCCAGGAUCAAAGCUGACAGGACUGUAGUGGUGUCCCCUGUAUUUGAUAAGGUCUACUUUGAUGAUCUACGAGUGGAAAGAUAUAUCCCAUCUUCUCAUGGCUUUGACUGGGAAUUAUGGUGCAUGUAUGAAUCCUUCAGCCCUGAUUGGUUCAAAAUGGGGGAUGAGUCACAGCCUGGGAAAAGUCCAUCCGUUAUGGGAAUCUUUGCUGCAGACAGAGCUUUUCUUGGAGAAAUCGGUGGGCUCGAUGGUGGAAUGAAAGUAUAUGGAGGAGAAAAUGUUGAACUGGGGAUUCGCGUGUGGCUGUGUGGAGGGAGUGUAGAAGUUGUACCUUGCUCCAGGAUUGCCCACAUCGAGCGAGCACAUAAACCAUAUGCACCUGAUCUCAGCUCUGCCAUGAGGAGAAAUGCCUUGAGGGUUGCAGAUAUUUGGUUAGAUGAAUACAAGAAAAAUGUAUUUAUCACCUGGAAUGUUCCACUUAAGGACCAUGGGAUUGAUAUUGGUGAUGUAUCACAAAGGAAAAAACUCAGGGAAAAGCUGAAAUGUAAGCCCUUCAAGUGGUACCUGGAAAAUGUCUAUCCAAGUCUGGAGACCAUGGAUAACAUCCUGGGAUACGGUGUGCUGAAGAACACACUAUUUGAGAGCUACUGUGUGGACCAGGGAGAGCUUCCAGGGAAUAUCCCUGUGUUGUAUGAGUGCCACUUCCAAGAACCGCAGUACUGCUACUACAACACAGAUGGGGAAAUCUUCAUUGGGGCGAUUAAAUCUCACAAAUACAACAGUAACCGCUGCCUGGUGGAUCCAGGCUUUGGAAGCAUUCCCACUCUGCACUCGUGUCAGGUGGCAAAGCUAAACCAACUACACAUGCACUGGGACUUCAAACAAGGUGAUGCCAUCAGAAACAAAGCAACAAACAGGUGUCUUGAGAUUGCCCAGGGAGAGAACUCUUAUUAUCAGCUCAUCAUUCAGCAGUGCAGCGGGCAGAGCUGGAGGAUUGAACACCUCAUUACAAACUUCUAGUUCACUUCUGUGUAUUGAUGCAUUAAUGUGUGAUAUUUUUUCAAACUGCGACCUUUUUUAUUUUUUACAGCAAAAUUAGAAAAUUAAAUUUAAACUGUUAAACUUUGAAGAA